ACUGGUCUAGGCCUGCACCAUUGCUGCGUGCCCGAUCUCCAGAACUGGCCAGUCUACGUUACUAAUGUGUCUGACACAGUCCAAGGCUUGCAGGAGGGUAAAAGGAAGAGCAAGCUCCUUCUUAGGUGAGGACCGAUAGCGGUGAGACGGUGUGCUGUUGUGCUGGAUGUCAGUGGAAACCUUUGUUUUAUUCACAUAAAACACACAAGCCCCUGAGAAGAUGGAGCUGAUGGGAUCCACCCUGACAGCGGCAUACGCUCGGCCCAAAACCAGCCACUUCCUCCCAGCCAUCUCCACCAUGGCCUCGAGCUACCGGAGCAAUCAGCACACGCUGGCCAUGAACUCCAGUGCCAACCAGCCCUGGAGGACUCAAACCUACUAUCGCACGAGCAGUGCUGCAGCCAUCCCCACCCUUUCCUCCAUCCAAAGGGAGAACCUCGGCCUCGACGUGGUCCGGGCCAAGACUAUGUUCUACCCAUCCAACCGAUCGUCCAUGACCACCCGCUACACUCCAGACGACUGGUACAAGUCCAACCUGAGCAAAUACCGGGAGUCAGAGUCCUCCAGAAACAGUGCGGAACGCUUGAGGAAGGACACCAUCCGACUGAUGCAGGAUAAAGAGCAGCUGACAAGGAGGACCCAAGAGACCACUAGUAAGAACAUCGGGGAACGCCUCAAUGACAUCAGCUUCUGGAGGUCAGAGUUGAACCAUGAGAUAGACAACAUGGUGAGUGAGAUCAUGGCCCUAACGGAGGUGAAGCGCAGGCUGGAGAGGGCCCUUCAAGAGACAGAUGGGCCCCUGCAGGUGGCUCAGGAAUGCUUGUAUCACAGAGAGAAGAGGAUGUCCAUCGAUCUGGUUCACGACAAUGUGGAGAAAGAUCUCAUUAAGGAGGUGGAAACCAUAAAGUCAUGCCAGGAAAGAAUGAGGAGACAUCUAGACAAAGCCAUCGCUCAACUAGCGUCAAACCGAGCAGCUCAGCAUGAGCUGGAGAGAGAUAUAAGUGAUAAGAUCACAGCCCAGGGGAUUGAUGCCAGGUGUCACCAUCUCAGGAACACUUCGGAUGGGAUCAGCUACUACAGAGGGAUUGAGAGACUGGACCCUUCGCUCUCCCUGCCUGAUUCGUGGUCAAAGUUCACAGAUGACAACAUCCUUCACUCCCAGAGCCAACGUGCGGCUUCCCGCAAGCUGCGCGAUGAGAUCGAGAUUCUGCUGAAUGCCACAUCCAACGAGAUGUGGAACCAGUUUAACACGGUCAACGUGGCGUUCACCAAUCGCAUUUCAGAGACCGCCGAUACCAAGAACAGCUUGCAGGCUCACCUGGCUAAGACUCUCCAAGAGAUCUUCCAGACAGAGAUGCUGAUAGAGAGCUUGAAGAAGGCCCUGAGGGACAAGGAGAGCCCCCUGAAGGUGGCCCAGACCAGGCUGGAUGAGAGGACACGCAGGCCCAACGUAGAGCUCUGCAGGGACAACCCACACCACAGGCUGGUGGGAGAGGUCAGGGAGAUAGAGGACACCAUUCACAAGCUGCAUGAGAGGUUAAUGGAGGCAGAGAAAACCCUGCAGACUCUGGUGAAGACCAAGGCUGCCCUGGAGCAUGACCUGUCAAUCAAGGCCAACUCCCUGUUCUUGGACCAAGAGAAGUGCAUGAGCAUGAGGAAGACGUUCCCCAGCACACCACGCCUGGUGGGAUACACAUAAAGCCACGGCGUGCUGAGGUCCGGAGUUUUUUACUGGUCAUGUCACUUGAAAAGUAUCGUAUGCCUAAAGCCCAGAGUUUUGUCUGGUCAUGUCAAGAGCAUUGUAAAGUCUAACAAAGGUCUAGAUUCUUCCUACUCUGACAAGUGUGACCAGGGGAAAUAAAAUAUCCUAAUGCAAGAUAGGGACAGGGGAAUCUUAUUGUAUUUUCACACUGUUAUACCUACAAAGACCAUACUGUGCUGGCUCGGCUCUUUAUAUUGUCCUUUCUAUCAUGGUUCCAGCAGAUUUGCUGCAUGAGGAAAUUUGCCAGAGUGACGUAGAUUCUACUAAAGCACUAGGGGAGAGAAUAAUUAUCUACACUAUUAUAGAGAUUCUAAUCUGGUCCCACAACCUGGUCCACGCUGUCAAAAUUCCUGGUUUCACAGUGCCUCAGACUGGCUCCUGAGGGCUAUUGUCAGUGGCCAGAAGUUCAAAACCUGCUCACUGCGUUAAUUCAGUGUCUGGGGGGGCUUGCGUGUGAUGGUGAAAAUUGGCUCUGCCCAAUCCAAGGUGGGUGGGGUUGGGGUCAGAAAGAUAUGUCCUGCUAUUCAAACGGUAGUGACUCCUUAUAGUAGGUUGGGUACCUGAAAGCUCAGUUGUGGUUGUGGGAUGGUGAAUUUGUGUGCUUUUUAUUGUGAACUGUGAAUGCCUGUGCUUGCCAUCAAUUGGGCUUCUUCAAAACAAUACGGUUAGUGUAUGAUAAUAUGCCAGCUUUAUGAUAAUGGGUUUAGGGGAAAGGUAACACAGUAUAGUAUAAAAAAAACAUGUGAAUGGUUACUUUCUUAGAAAGAAACAGUGAAAAAAAAGAAAAGAAACUGAAGUUUGUCAGAUUUCCAGUCAAUCCAACUGCUUCAAAAUACUUUGAAUUUCAAAAACUGCCUGGUUUAACUUGAGAACUACAGAAAAGGGCAUGAAGAUCACCAUAUGCUACUCUUUAUUUUCAUUAUUUAUUUUUGUGUCUCUGAUUUCUCAAUAAAUUCAGCAGACAAAUCCUACGAAAGGUGC